CUGAACUGCAUCUCUAGGGCGAAACGGGACACCACGCAUGCGUUCUCCCCACGAAACGAAAUGGAGGUUUUGGCUGUAGGCGCAAGCGUAAUACGAAAGCUCGCGCGGACCAAGCGACAAGAAUUACCAAACCCUGAAGGAAACCUUGGACGCAACCCAAUUUUCCACGGUUGUUGCGAAUCAGAAAAGUCGUGGAUCGCCCCAACAACAGCAACAAACCAGAAGGGAGAAACAGUGAACGUCAUCCAGUUAGAUGAACAUAAGCAAUAUUUCUUGCAGGAGUCUUGCAAACCUGCUCCUGGUUGCGAUUUCUGCACAUGCGGCCAGCCAGAGCCGUUUCUCAACACGGCCGUCGUUUACAAAGAUGAUGAGAAGAAGGAGUUUCAUAAUGACGUUAUUAAGCUGCCUGGCUGCUGUAAAUGUCUGAACAUAGGUCGAAGCACAUAGUCUGCUUUUUGAGAACACACAUGCAAGAAACUGGAACUGGAGACGUACCAAACAAUGAAGCGUUUUAUAUAUUACAGUCUGGGAAAAGUAGAUUCUCGUUUAAACAAAAUGGAUGUCAAGGCUUGAAAUGGAAAGGCAUGUUAUCAAAGACACAUAUGUGCAAAAGGUGGCUACAGCUCUGUUCCUUGAAGAACAACGCCUUUGAUGAGCUGGGAUUCUGGAUCAGCUAAUUUGAUCUUGCGAACCAUCUCUAUGUUAUAGACAGACAUGAUAGCGGUCGAUUUGAAAUGCCCUGCAUGGUGCCUGACGCAACACAAAGUGUUACGAUUCUAGCGUUAACGGCAUAGAGGGAAUCGGUGAACUGCAGGUUUUUGUGAUAAAUAAGGUGUUUGCUCACAAUUGGAGAUUUUAGAGUUCGAAUUAUUUUAUCGGUCAUGGUAAGAAAGUCAUUUCGAUAACAUUUACUACAACAUGGGCGUAUGAAAAAGUCUCCCCAAAACUUAUUUAGAGUAUACACGAACGAUGGAGAAAAUUGUGGAGCUGAACUGAACUAGCAAAAGUUAAGUUCCAGAAGGAAAAGGGAUGUCAUUUAUGCCGAUCUGACAGAGGUGAUCGAUAAGGUCAGCAAAAGCUCCCUGACACCUUUGUCAACUCAUAUGAUACCAUAGUGUCUUUACCUUUAGUGACACAAGAAUCCCCCCCCCCCCUUCCUAUUUAAUAUAAAUAUUUAAUAGCACGCUCAAUAACAGUCUGGAUUUAGCGUCUGUUGAUCCAUUCACCAUUGAUGACGUAUGUUCUAAUCCACCUAACUCCCGCUAGUUUACCUACAGCUCUGUUUUCAGGCCGUAUUUUGAUGUAAUAUUUUCAGUUCUCGUACCACAGUAGAUCUGCGGGGGUUGUUUAAAUAUUUAAAAAAAAUAUUUUCCUGUGAAACUAGUCUGCGGUACUUAUAUUGAGCCACAAGGAAUUCCACUCACAAACAGCCACAGGAAUGAUUUUUUGUCGAAAUGACAAAGGUUGAACAGAAUGGAAGAAAUCCGUGUUCCAUAUCACCGAGAGAAAUCUUUUCGGAAAGGACAAAAUACAAGUUUUUACAACAACAACAGUACAACAACCCUCAAAUACCUUGCGUACACAGCUUAAAGAGAACACAAAA